AUGCAGAAUGUCCAUGGUAAAGAGAUAGACCUCCUGAGGACCACGGUCAAAGUACCAGGUGACAGGGACGAGAGGAGAGGGACGAGAGGAGAGGGACGAGAGGAGAGGGACGAGAGGAGAGGGACGAGAGGAGAGGGACGAGAGGAGAGGGACGAGAGGAGAGGGACGAGAGGAGAGGGACCCGAGGAGAGGGACCCGAGGAGAGGGACCCGAGGAGAGGGACCAGAGGAGAGGGACCAGAGGAGAGGGACCAGAGGAGAGGGACCAGAGGAGAGGGACCAGAGGAGAGGGACCCGAGGAGAGGGACCCGAGGAGAGGGACCAGAGGAGAGGGACCAGAGGAGAGGGACCAGAGGAGAGGGACCAGAGGAGAGGGACGAGAGGAGAGGGACGAGAGGAGAGGGACGAGAGGAGGGGACGAGAGGAGAGGGAGGAGAGGGACCCGAGGAGAGGGACCCGAGGAGAGGGACCCGAGGAGAGGGACCCGAGGAGAGGGACCAGAGGAGAGGGACCCGAGGAGAGGGACCAGAGGAGAGGGACCAGAGGAGAGGGACCAGAGGAGAGGGACCAGAGGAGAGGGACCAGAGGAGAGGGACCAGAGGAGAGGGACCAGAGGAGAGGGACCAGAGGAGAGGGACCCGGUUGCAGGGACCAGAUUGCAGGGUCUGUCAGUAGCAGCUCUUCUGUAGUGUCACAGAUGGCCUCUGGGGGGCAUCAGAGAUCCUUCUCUGUGUCCAGUGCUGACCAGUGGACGGAGGCCGCGGUGAUCGCCAACGCUGCCAUCAACACAGACUCUCUCCUAGACUCAGUCUGUUCCAGUCCGAAGAUGGAGCCUCCUCCGUCUCCUCACGCAAACCGCAAGAAACAUCGACGCAAGAAAAGUACGAGUAACUUCAAAACAGACGGACUACAGGCCACAGAAGAAGCAGACGAAAGCUUCGACUUCCACAUCGUGUCGCUCACAGGUCAGAGCUGGCACUUCGAGGCCACGUCCUACGAGGAGCGAGACUCCUGGGUCCAGGUCAUUGAGGCCCAGAUCCUGGCUUCUCUGCAGUCCUGCGAGUCCAGCAAGAGCAAGUCCCGUUUACCGAGUCAGACUGAAGCCAUGGCUCUGCAGGCCAUCAGGAGCCAGCGCGGGAACCAGCACUGUGUGGACUGUGGCGCUAGCAACCCAGACUGGGCGAGCCUGAACCUGGGGGCCCUGAUUUGUAUCGAGUGCAGUGGGAUCCACCGUCACCUGGGCACACACCUGUCCCGCGUCCGCAGCCUGGACCUGGACGAGUGGCCCCCAGAGCUGCUCAGGGUCCUGGGGGCCAUCGGCAACGAGCUGUGUGCACGAGUCUGGGAAGGAGGCAACCAGGGGAGGCCCAGACCAGCACCAGACGCAACCAGAGAGGAGAGAGAGAGGUGGAUCAGAGCGAAGUAUGAGCAGCGUCUGUUGGUGGCGCCUCUCCCCUGCACAGACCUGGCUCUGGGACAUCAGCUGAUCAGAGCCGUUACCGACGACGAUGUGGCUGAGGUGGUGCUGCUGCUCGCUCACGCCUCCAGAGUCCAAGUCAACUGCCCCCACAGCGAGAGAGACCCCCGCACUGCAUUGCACGUGUCCGCCAGCAGGGGCAGUGUGGUGACCACACAGCUGCUAAUAUGGUACGGUGCAGACGUGAGCGCCCGUGAUGCGCUCGGACACACAGCGCUCUCGUACGCUCGCCAAGCACAGAGUCAGGACUGUGUGGACAUUCUUAUCCAAUAUGGCUGCCCUGAGGACCGCCUCCCGCUGGCCCCUCCUCCCCUAACACCGCUAACACCGUUAGCCGUCACACCCAACCUGUCGCGCCGCAACAUGAACCGCAACAACAGCUGUAGCAGCUCAAGCUCUGCACUCCUAUAG